GGAACCGGCGCCGGCGGCCUGGAGAUGAGGUCUAUCGCUGGCGGCGUCGCAGCUUAUUUCCAGAGCAUGAAUUACACCAUGCAGGAUUCGCCACAGAAGGGCAAGAUCCGCUUCGUCGGGAAUUUGCAGGGCUCCGUCAGCCAGGCGCUCUACCUCACCUUCGUGCUGUUCGGCGCCUUCGCCUCCGCCGGCAUCGUGCUGCAGGCGUUGUUCCCCAAGGGGCCGCUGGACCUCGGGCCGAACUUCUUCUUCCUGCCCUGCCUGCUCAGCCCAGGCGCGGGCUGGUACUACUGGGGCCGCGCCUUCCGCCGGGACAUCGUCGAGCUGCAGCUCGAGAUGUCGGACGACCUGACGACGACCACGCUCACGGUGCUGGGGAACCAGGAGACCAUCGAGCAGCUGCAGACCGGCGUGCGGUUCAUGUCGCCGGACGGCAAGCUUCUGCAGCUGAUGGAGCCGGGAAUGGAGUACCAGCCAGGCUUCUUGCUGCGAGGA